AUGCACACGAUCCUCGAGUGCAUAAACCUACGGAAGUCUCUCCAAGAGCAUCCACUCGAAGAAGACAAGAAGAAGAAGUGCAAGCAGGAUGAGAAGAACAAUGACAAGGAUGGACAAACGGGUUUUCAGCAACCCGCCAACACGGUCAACGUCAUCUACGGAGGAGACUCUACCAUCAACAAAUGCGCACAGAAACUGCCCUGGCGCGAAAUUCUGAAUCUGGAACCCGCCAUCCCUAAACCACUGAGGCACAGCGAGGUCCCGAUCACCUUCUCCCGAGAGGAUCAAUGGACCAGCUUCUCCGAGAAGGGAAAAUUUCCGCUCGUCCUUGACCCAGUGGUAGCAGGGUCCAGACUCACUCGAGUACUUAUCGACGGAGGCAGCGGACUAAACCUCCUGUUCGCGAGUACCAUCGCAAAGAUGGGGUUGGACAUCUCCGACAAGUUAACUCCGAGCAAGGCUCUGUUCUAUGGCAUUGUCCCAGGAAACGCUUCCACACCGAUUGGCACCGUUAUACUCCCGGUCACCUUCGGCACUCCGGACAACUACAGAAUAGAGCUCAUCAAAUUUGAAGUGGCUAGCUUCGAGUCCUCAUAUCACGCCAUAUUAGGACGACCAGCCUUGGCUAAGUUCAUGGCCGUCCCACACUAUGUCUACCUGCUACUCAAGAUGCCAGGAAGGAUAGGAGUUCUCACAUUCCGCGGUGACCUCCAGAAAUCGUUCGAAUGUGAGAAGGAAGCUAUCACCUACGCUUCCACCAAUCGCCUACCAGACACUUCAGGAGAAGUACUCGCGGCGGCAAAACAACUUUCUGCGUCAGGGAUGGAAAUCCCUACAAAGAGGGCAAACCACUCUGCCCCGAAACCACCCAAUAACUUGGGUGUAAAGGCAAUCCAGCUCCAAGAUGGCGACUCCUUCAAGACUGCCCUGAUUGGGACAGGGCUCGUCAACUUCCUUAGGGCUAACCGAGACGUGUUUGCAUGGAAACUAGCAGACAUGCCAGGCCUGCCCAAGGAGUUGAUCGAGCAUUCCUUAAACGUCAAGGCAACAGUUGUCCCCAAGAAACAGCGCCUGCGGAGAUUCUCAGCCGAGAAAAGGGAAGCCAUCAAAAAAGAACUCGCCAAACUACUCGCGGCGGGGUCAUCAAGGAAGUAUACCACCCGGGUGGUUGGCCAACCCACCCUCAAGGAAGAAGAUCAGAUCAAGACAACAUUCAUCACCCCGUUCGGGGUAUAUGCAUACAAGACCAUGUCCUUCGGGUUGAAGAAUGCUGGGGCGAAUUAUCAACGAGCUAUACAGCUUUGCUUCGCCAAUCAGCUAUACCGCAAUGUCGAAGCAUAUGUUGAUGAUGUAGUCGUCAAGGCAAGGGAACACGACUCGUUCAUCCCUGAUCUUGAGGAAACCUUCAACAGUCUACGCAGCUUCAGGUGGAAGCUGAAUCCCACCAAGUGCGUCUUCGGUGUACCAUUCGAAAAACUACUCGGCUUCAUCGUCAGCCAUAGAGGGAUCGAAGCAAAUCCAGAGAAAAUAAAUGGUAUCAUGGACAUGGAAGCACCAGCAACUGUAAAAGAUGUCCAGAAGCUUACUGGAUGCAUGGCAGCUCUGAACAGAUUCCUCUCAAAGCUUGGAGAACGAGGCCUUCCUUUCUUCAAAUUACUGAAGAAGCAAGAUAAAUUCCAGUGGUUCCAGGAAGCAGCUGAUGCACUCGAAGAUCUCAAGCAACAUCUUCAGUCACCACCAAUCCUCACAGCUCCAAUGCCUGGAGAAGAGUUACUUCUGUACAUCGCAGCUACUAUCCACGUCGUCAGCACGGCAAUUGUGGUAGAGCAUCCAGAAGAAGGGCACGCCUUCGGCAUCCAACGCCCUAUUUACUUCGUCAGUGAAGUCCUUUCUAAAUCAAAGGACGCUACUGGCCGCAUCUCCAAAUGGGCAGUCGAGUUGGGAGCACUCGAACUGCGCUUCAAGCCAAGAACAGCCAUCAAGUCGGAAGCACUAGUCGACUUCUUGGCCGAAUGGAGGGAAAAUCAAAUCCCUGCUCCAGCUAGCAUUCCAGAUCACUGGAUCAUGUACUUUGACGGUUCCCUUGAACUCGGCGGAGGUGGAGCCGGUGUACUUUUCAUCUCUCCCAAAGGCGAACAACUCAAAUACGUUUUCCAAAUCCUCUUUGAAGUCUCCAACAAUGAAGCAGAAUAUGAAGCACUGCUACAUGGUCUUCGACUAGCCGUCUCACUCGGCAUCAAGAGACUACUCGUCUACGGCGACUCCCUCCUCAUUGUUCAGCAAGUUAACAAGGAAUGGAAUAUCAACAAAGAAACCAUGGACGCAUACGUUGCAGAAAUCAGAAAGCUUGAGAACAAGUUCUAA